AGGCACCGGGGCGAGGGAGCGACCAGCGCGGCGCAGGCCGCCCAGCGGGGGCGGGGGAGGCCGGCCGGUGCGGCGCGGGGCCACCUACUCGCUCUGACUCCGGCUGGCACUGGCGGCUGGGGAUGUCGUCCUGGACGAGGUGGCAUGGACCCGCCAUGGCGCGGCUCUGGGGCUUCUGCUGGCUGGUCGUGGGCUUCUGGAGGGCUGCCCUCGCCUGUCCCACGUCCUGCAAAUGCAGCGCCUCUAGGAUCUGGUGCAGCGACCCUUCUCCGGGCAUCGUGGCGUUUCCGAGGUUGGAGCCCAACAGUGCAGACCCUGAGAACAUCACCGAAAUUUACAUUGCCAAUCAGAAAAGGUUGGAAAUCAUCAAUGAAGAUGAUGUUGAAGCUUAUGCAGGACUGAAGAAUCUGACGAUUGUGGACUCUGGAUUAAAAUUUGUGGCUCAUAAAGCAUUUCUGAAAAACAGCAACUUACAGCACAUCAAUUUUACCCGAAAUAAACUGACAAGCUUGUCUAGGAAACAUUUUCGUCACCUUGACUUGUCUGAGCUGAUCCUGGUGGGCAAUCCAUUUACAUGUUCCUGUGAUAUUAUGUGGAUCAAGACUCUUCAGGAGACUAAAUCCAGCCCAGAAACUCAGGAUUUGUACUGCCUAAAUGAAAGCAGCAAGAAUAUUCCCCUGGCAAACCUGCAGAUACCCAAUUGUGGUUUGCCAUCAGCAAAUUUGGCUGCACCUAACCUCACCGUGGAGGAGGGAAAGUCUAUCACAUUAUCUUGUAGUGUUGCAGGCGAUCCAGUUCCGAAUUUGUACUGGGAUGUCGGUAAUCUGGUUUCCAAACAUAUGAAUGAAACAAGCCACAUGCAGGGCUCCUUGAGGAUAACUAACAUUUCAUCUGAUGACAGUGGAAAACAAAUCUCCUGUGUGGCAGAAAAUCUUGUAGGAGAAGACCAAGAUUCUGUCAACCUCACUGUACAUUUUGCUCCAACUAUCACAUUUCUCGAAUCUCCAACCUCAGACCACCACUGGUGCAUUCCAUUCACUGUGAAAGGCAACCCCAAACCAGCGCUUCAGUGGUUCUAUAACGGGGCAAUAUUGAAUGAGUCCAAAUACAUCUGUACUAAAAUCCAUGUUACCAAUCACACGGAGUACCAUGGCUGCCUCCAGCUGGAUAAUCCCACUCACAUGAACAAUGGGGACUACAAGUUAGUAGCCAAGAAUGAGUAUGGGAAAGAUGAGAAACAGAUUUCUGCUCACUUCAUGGGCUGGCCUGGAAUUGAUGAUGGUGCCAACCCAAAUUAUCCCGACGUAAUUUAUGAAGAUUACGGGACUGCAGCAAAUGACAUUGGGGACACCACAAACAGAAGUAACGAAAUCCCUUCUACAGAUGUUGCUGACAAAAGCGGUCGGGAACAUCUUUCGGUCUAUGCUGUGGUGGUAAUUGCAUCUGUGGUGGGAUUUUGUCUGCUGGUGAUGCUGUUUCUGCUGAAGUUGGCAAGACACUCCAAGUUUGGCAUGAAAGAUUUCUCAUGGUUUGGAUUUGGGAAAGUAAAAUCAAGACAAGGUGUUGGCCCAGCUUCAGUUAUCAGCAAUGAUGAUGACUCUGCCAGCCCCCUCCACCACAUCUCCAAUGGGAGUAACACCCCAUCAUCUUCAGAGGGCGGCCCCGAUGCCGUCAUCAUUGGAAUGACCAAGAUCCCUGUCAUUGAAAAUCCCCAGUACUUUGGCAUCACCAACAGUCAGCUCAAGCCAGACACAUGGCCCAGAGGUUCCCCCAAGACCGCCUGAUAAUAAUUUGGUAUUUGGAGGCUCCUAUGUCACUGCAGGAACUAAAGGAGGCUAAAUCCAUACCUGAUGAAGGAGAAGAGUUCUAUGGUUAUCUGCAAAUUCUGGCCAGACAACAUCUUGACGUCACUCCUUAGCUUCCAUAACCUAGCCAAGCAAGAAGUUGCCUUCCAAAGAGAAAGCAGUGUGCUCUAAUGACUAAGCCCUCAAAAUGAUAUGCCACUUUAACUAUAGACCCAUCUCCUCGAUCAAUCAGGAUGGCAAGAUGGAGCUGAGGAGCUCAGCAACAUCAAGUCUGGAGUUGGUCUUUAAUUCAACUAGUCUGUGUAGACGUGUCUGAAAACCACGUCAUCUGACAGCAUGGGGUGGUUUCCCAGUAGGAUUUACAAACUCGGCUCAAGGGCAGCCGUGUGCUAUCCUCUCCUUGACUGCUGAGAAACAUUUUGACAGGGUAUACCGGAAACACACCUUCUGAGCUGAAAAAAAGAAAAGAAAGAAACACUAACCAGCAAAACCCCCGAAUCAUCCAUCUUGGGUUCUUUUGAAGGGUGGGAAUGCGUUACAGCUUCCCCUGCAAGAAAAACAAAUGCUAUAGACUUAUUGUCAUCCCCAAAUGUGUGUCUUUCCUAGAGCAGCCUUGUAAAUUAGCUAAGGUCCUAGGCCUGGGGCCAGAAUUAAAUUAGAACUGUCUCUAAAUAUGAACUGGGUGUGUCUGUCCUUGUAGCACAUGCCCUCUGUGAGUAUGUAGGGCUGUAACUCCCUGUGACAGAUGUGUAUGAAGAAUUCUGACUUUUUCUCUUUGAUUCUGUUUCCAAUGAAAAGUGGAUAUUUAUUGAUUUCCUGCAGAGUGUGCCAUACUUCCCCAGGUAUUAUAGUUCACAUGUGUGUGUAUGUGUGUGUAUUCUCAUCGGUUUCAUGCUUAUUAGGCAAUUAUGUAGAUAAGCACAGAUUCAUAGACCAGCUAAGACUGGGGAAAUAAGACAUAAUAAGGAGAGGGAGUGUUUUUAACUGUAGUUGGAAAGAUCACACAGGGCACUCCUCCCUCUCCUCUUAACUGCCAUACCCACACCAUCAUUGUGUUGCCAAUAAGGGGAGGAUUGGAGGUAAUGUUUUAAACAGAGCUGCGGAGGUUUUGGACAUAUUUCCAAUGUUACUUUGAGUCCACAUGAGCACAGAUUAAGAAUUAUGUCCAGGACUCCAGGAGCUCAUUAGAUCAAAGGAUGAGAGUACUGAGAGUUUCCCGGGCUUCUCUUCAGACUUCACGACACCCUGUUUCCAUGGGUCCUUUUGAUGGUCAGGGACAGGAUUUAAAGCCAGGAAGAAACAAUUGCUUUAGCACUCUUCUCUAUCUUUUGCCUAUUAAUUUUGUCUUCCAAAGUAGAUUUUCUUCUAAGCAUUUAAUCGGCCAAGUAAUAGCUGCUUUGGGAACUGUUUAAAUCCCCUUGAAGGCUGUGACCUGCACUUUAAAAAUAAGCUUAGCCCAUUCUGCCCAGCAUGAGUAUUAGGAUGGAGGGAGAAUGCAGUUAUUUUAGGAUCUUUAGAAACUGCUUCAUUUACAGCCCACUGGGUUGACAACUCAUCCCUUGGGGGUCUCCGUGGCUCGAAUGUGCAGGUCCCAGUGUAAUUCUGUCUCCUUCUCGGUGCCAUGGUUCCCCAUGGCUAGCUAGAACAGCUGGAUAUCAUAUUCUCUUUUCAACUCCAGGGGAGAUGGCAAGAAGCUAUCAAAUAAUGCUUAAAAAAGCAACUUGAGUUUCUCAGAAGAAAGGAAAUGAACACAUGCUGCAUAAUUACAUUUAAAAUAUAAGCCAUGUUACAAAUUCCACAGACAUGAAGAUUCGUUAGCAAAUCAGUUUCAAGCACACUUACAACCGAGUAAGAGAUAAGAUGUCAUUUUAUUAGCCUUUGACCCCUGGGUGAUAUUAUUUGUUCUCCAAAAAGAAACUCCAGCUGGUUAUAGGAUAACUGGACCUCCUAGAGAAACUACUCCAUAAAGGCUAAAAAAGGGAAAAUGAAUAUGAAUUUAGGGGGAGACACUUGUAGUAGGAUUCUCAGAACUGUUUUUACUUCCACCCCAUUGACCAGUAAGAUGGAACUACAGAUGCCCCCCACAUCAGAUAUUUUAGUCCAAUUCCACCAAAUCAUCCAUGAUGUCCUGGAAGUAUGCCAGCAGAUGCAGGAUCCUAAUGCAUUUGUUCUGGGCAUUUUCCAAAGCCCAUCCCUACUGGAGCGUGGGUACCAGCAAGAUGAAUCGAGUCAAUCUGCCACCCCCAUUUUGGUUUCCACUGGGUCACUCUUGCACAUGCCAGCAGACUAUGGACUGGGGCCCGCUCAGCAAACACAAAUGCAGGAAAGCCUCUUAUAUUGCUGAGAAGCUCCUGCUACCCAGAUGCUUCGAACAAUUAAGUGCUCCCUAUGGUUAAGCAGAGAUGGCACAAUGAGAGUUCUUCUGGGAUAUGACACUCAAUCCUAUAUGGCAGCUUUUAUAACAGAGAGCAGGCUUUCUCUUUGUGAAGUGUAGAUUUUUCUCUGUCUUUACUCAUUCUGCCAGGCCGAGGGUAACCCACCAUGGCUGAGCUUCUUUUUAGAUCACCCAUAGUCUGAGAAUCCAUGUUCUCUUUAUGUUCACUGAUGUUGUAGUUGGCUGUUUGUUUGAGCUUGGGAGUUGUCACUUUUCUUGAAGAGUGGUAAGAUGCAUUUGCUUCAUACCACAGACAGGAAAGAAUUGGAGGAAGAACUGCUUCUUCGUUCAGCCUGAUAGCCAAGCACAAAGGCCUUUUUGCUGCUAGGGCUCAGCUCUAAGUGGGAGCCCCCUUGGGGAUCCAUGUUAGAUCCCUGCUGCCCUCUGUCUGAGCCUGCUCCCUUUUGCUGAGAGAAGGCUGUGUCUUUCUGAAUGGUUGGCCUCCUCAAAAAGGGGAAAAUUAGAAGGCAGUAUUUGUGCUUAAAGGGAAAAGGAAUGUCGGUAUUAUAGUGACUGCCAGGACUAAGGCUGUUCCUAGGAACAGGACAGUCCCAGGAAAAGCACAAUGGAUUGGUCACUCGAGGUGGUAUAGGCCUGAUGAUUUCUGCUGAUAAGACAGAAUUAAGUCUUAAUUACCUCAAGAGCCCUCAGGUGCUGUAAAAUGAGGUACUUUAAAAUAUAAAAAUAAAUAAUAGAGGUAAUUCCAACAGUUAGAGAUAGUGGCUGAUAGAGAUAGUGGCUGAUAUAUUGGAAAAUAUAUAUAGUCUUGUGAAUAUCCUUUGAAUGUGCUGUGAUAUAAAGUCUAUUUUUGCCUCUGCCUUUAUUUGUACUGGGCUUUGUUCAUAGUUCUGUAGUAGUGGCUCACACUAGGUAGAUCGUACUGGAAAGUCUGGAGGAGGCAUGUUGGGUAUAUACUUCCAGUUUCUGAUUUCCAAUUUGCUUGGUGGUACCCAGAGGCUAAGCUAGGCUGGGCGGCCGAACAUGGCUGGCCACUUCAGGCUGGUCUAGAGAAACCCUAAACCCAGAGGUGUUCGGUUCUCACAUGCUGAGUGUCAGAGAGGAAAUGAGGAUGAUGUCUCGAGCUGGGAAGAUUCUGGAAGUCAGAGGCUCUUUGUUCUGCCAAGGCAAUUUGAUAGCUCAGGUUUAGGGUCAACACUUUCAAUGACUCCAAAUGUGGUUUAUUGCUCAACUGAAGCAGGUGAUAGAUAACCUUUUGUCUCCUGGUUGUUGGCCCUGGCCACCGCAUUCCUCUCAAGGACCUUAGUGCACUGAACCUUAAGGACCAGGCUGAUUACAUCUAGAAUGUUUCUCAUUAUUUAGGAACUGCCUUUCUUCUACCCAGGAUCCCCCAUGCUGUGCAAGGGCCUCUGGUAAGUCAGAACUUCCCUUUAGUCAUUCAGUCAUACCUAAACUUGAUGGAGUUAGUUGCCCAAUGAUCUCCAGAUGUUUUAUACUGAAAGGCUUCCUCUUCUGGUGACUCAGGCAUGUAGGCCUGGACUGGCAUUCUGGUGAGGGCACCUUUAUCAAUAGUAUGACAGAAGUAUGUCAGUGUUGGUAUUAAGGUUGACAGAUUCUAAAAAGGAGUUCAGAGUAGAGAGAUUCCUGUGAAUUGUAAGAGAUUAGACUGGUGUGAGUUUGAACCAAAAGAGCGGUGGAGGGGGAGGGAGAUUUCUAGAAAGAAAACAAAAAGCUAAUGCCUAGUGUAUAAAUUAUUCUUAUCAGUUACUGUACAUGCUAUGAAUAUGUGUAGACAUCAACAUUCUCUAUCCUGUUGCUACCAUUUUGCACAUUUAUUUAACCAUGCCUUUGACCGUGGUGUGUUAUGGUGAAAACCAAGCUCAUUAUUAGGUAACGAUGACAUGCAGACUGAGUGCCAUAGUUCUAAUGUUCUAAUAAAGUAGCUGAUAGAGAGGGGACAGGAUAAAAUCCUAUGCUAUCUAAUUGUAUUGAAAGAGUUAGCCUCCGUAUUAGGGAAUGAAUGCCCUUACUAGAGGAGAUUGCAUGAUGCCUGCUUGUAAAAUAAGCAGAGACAGUACCAUGGAGCUGCCACCUGAGUUGUUUUCCUGCACGAAUGGUGGAUGCCCAAGUCCUCACACCCCUCAUUCCCACCCCUGCUCCUGAGCAGGGUUCCUUGUUGGAGUAACAAAAGUUGGCCUUCAGUCUGUUGCUAAAAGAACAGUGAGAAAUUCACUUGUUCCCUGGAGAUGGGACUCAGAUUUUUACCUUCUCUUCGUUGAGCACUAACUGGUCUUACAAUGUCUCUAUCCUAGUUUAUUUGCUCCUUCAGAACCCCCUCUGCCCCUCUCACAUGGCCACCCUCCCUCUUUGUCUGUGCGUGUUGGGGAAUCAGGAACCAGGAUGCUAAUGAUUACAUCACUCCCAGGUUCCCGUUUCCAUUGGUGCCAUUUGCUGAAACCCACAGAAGCGGAUGUGCAGCCAUAUCACUGCUUGAACUUAUUUACAGAGGGCCGCUGGUUCCUUUACAAGAACCGUAACUUUGGGGGUGUUUCUUUCCUUCCUAAGAGAUUUUGUUUGGAGUUGAUGGUAAAAUUCCUCUACUUGCAUGUGCAGCUUGUUUUCCUUGAGCCCUACCUAGACUUUUCAACAUUGAUUUGGGAAGAGGAAAACACUCAUUUCACUAGUAAGAUAUCAGUGAUGGGUCACUCUGCCUUAGAUUACUGAACUCCUGGGCCUGGGAAGGGAAACAAUGGAAAGGUAGCAAAGGGAGUAAUAUUGUCCCUCACUUCCAGAAUCACGCUUCUCUUUUGGACUCAGUAUAUGCUCUGCUUUUUCCUACAUAUCGCACCCCAAGUUCUAGUUGAAGUAGAUCCUAGCCAGAUUUGGGUUUGUUAGCUGAUACAUGGGUAUGGUCCUUGGUGUUAACAUCUCGGUGUUGUCUUUUGUUCUCUUGAAGAGAUCUGUAUUGUUGAGGGCCAAGCUUCUGUGUGAGGGCAGAGCUCUGGGAGGGGUUGUUGGGUGGGGGGUGAAUUCAUGUAGGCCCACAUCCUCUUCCCAUUUUGGAAGAAAGGGACUUGGGUGGAUAUGGAUUCUGGUUCCAUAGAAGAUCUGGGUGUUGGAACCAUCCACUCUGUGAGGUCUCCCUGCAUCCCCACCAUGGGCAGUGAGCCUCUGGCAGCUGGGCACCUGCUCACUGCCUUCCAGUGCUGGUCUCAGCCCUUCGGCCCUCCAAUGCUGGAUCACACUCUCUGUUGACUGCUACAUCUUGUUCCACUCCAUUUCCCUCUCUCCUUUGAUGCAAGAGAGCAGACCUAAAACAUGACUUGCAUUCUUCUACUAUGUUCAGAGACUCCAGGGCUUGUCUAUGUAUGAAUGAACAAUGAGGUCUGGAAUUCUCCAUUAUAUAGACAUGUACAUGGAAUUGAGAUCUGUUGUAUUGGAAUUUGUGAUGUAGUUGAUAAUUCAGAGGCAAACACAUAUGCCAAUAAAGACAAGUGUGAGACCCAU